AUGGGAACUCUAAAUCUAAGUUUAGUUGUUCCUUCUUCCGGCAUUCACCGACUACCAUCAAAACAUUGUCUUCAAAAACCAUUCCCAGCAAUUCAAAAUUCAAACUUUGGGACCGUAGUGAUUGAACCAGAUGGCAUUGAUUUAUCACAUUCUCCAGUUGAUAUCUUCAGAUAUCAUAACAGUCUUUUGAGUUCAUAUGUGAAAAAUGGUACAUUGGAUAAAGCACAUGGGUUGUUCGAGGAAAUGCCUCAUAGAAAUGAGGUUUCUUGGGCCACGAUAAUAUCUGGUUAUACUCGGUCUGGAGAUUACUUGAAAGUAUUUGAUUUGUUAAAUGAGAUGUGGGAAGAAGGUUUGAGACCUAAUGAAUUUGCAAUGGGGAGUCUCAUUAAGGCGAGUUCGGGUUUGAAGGAUGUUUGUAUAGGUAGGCAGUUGCAUGGGUGGUGGAUACGUAGUGGGUAUGGGAUUGAUGUUUAUGUUGAAACUUCGCUCGUAACAAUGUAUGCUAAUUGUGGGUGUUUAGCUGAUGCUCGACGGGUUUUCGAUGGGGUUUCUGUUUCGUGUUUAAGUGAUGGUCCUUUGUGGAAUUCGAUUAUAGCUGCUUAUGUGCUUCAUGAGUGUUGGAAUGAGGCAUUUGAAUUGUUUAUCCGUAUGGUUUUGAGUGGAUGUGUAGCACCCACGAAGUUUACUUAUGCUAGUAUGAUUAGUGCUUGUACUAAUGCGAGAGAGGAGAUGUACGGGAAGAUAGUGCAUGGAAUGGUGAUCAAAGAUGGAGAAUUUAAUGACACAAUGAUGGGUAAUUCUCUUGUUACAUUCUAUGCCAAGUGUAGGAUGUUGCAAGAUGCAAAUAGAGUUUUUGAGAGCAUAUGUACGAAGAGUGUUGUUUCUUGGAAUUCAAUCAUUGCAGGGAACGAACAGAAUGGGGAAGAAGUGGCUGCAAUUGGUUUAUUCCGUAGGAUGAUUGAAUUAGGACAUUCUUUACUACCUAAUCGUAUUACCUUCCUUAGUGUACUCAGUUCUGUCUCUAAACUGUCAGCUUUAAAUCCUGGGAAAGAGAUACAUGCUCGUCUGAUCAAAUCUUUUCUUGAACCAGAAACAAGCAUAUCUAAUUCCUUGAUCACCAUGUACUCUAAAUGCAAAGAAGUGGGUAAAGCAAGUCUGGUUUUCGAGAGGUUGCCUUUCAAGGACAUGGUCACUUGGAAUUCAAUGAUCACGGGGUUUGAUCAAAAUGAGCAGCCAGAAAGAUGUCUUGAGCUCUUCAAGAAAAUGCUGUCACAAGCAGUUAAGCCGGAUGAUCAUACUUACACUGCUAUUCUUGCUGCAGUUUCAUCCUUGCCGUCUGAGUUCAGGUAUGUAAAACUGGGCAAGGAAAUCCAUGGCUAUAUACUGAGGAGGGCUGUACUAAAUGGAGUGACUACUUUUACAUCUAACGCCAUACUUACCAUGUAUGCUAAGAGCUAUCAGAUCGAAAAUGCAGAGAAAGUUUUUAAAGGAAUGAGCGAGAAAGAUAACUACUCCUGGAACGCCAUGAUGGAUGGGUAUUCCAUGAAUGGCCGUCCCGAAGAUAGUAUAAAAAUCUUUCUAGAUAAACACGAGAAAAACUUGCCAUUUGAUUAUUUAACCUUUUCAAUUGUUCUUACAGCUUGCGGCAGAUUGGUUUCUUUCAAUCUCGGAAAGCAAUUUCAUGCUCUUACUGUUAAAAACAUAGAUGGAUGGGGUAAGAUUCACCCGAAUCAUUUGUUGUCUGUCAACAACUCUUUGAUAUCCAUGUACUCAAAAUGUGGAAGUAUUAGUGAUGCAGCUCUACUGUUUUCAAGAAUGAGAAGAAGAGAUGUGUUUUCGUGGACAGCUAUGAUCACUGGUUAUGCCCACCAUGGAAUGGCUUAUGAAUCACUUGAGUUCUUUGACAGGAUGAAACAAGAUGGCGUAAAACCGAAUUCUAUAACAUUUCUUGGUUUAUUAACAGCCUGUUCUCAUGCUGGUCUACUUGAAGAAGGACAACAUUAUUUUAGCUCCAUGAACCGUGACCAUAAUCUGAAUCCAAGCAUUGAACAUUAUGCAUGUAUGGUUGAUCUGUUUGGUCGAGCGGGUCAUUUCGAACAAGCGCUUGAAUUCGUAAAGUCUGGGUCCACUCAUUUUAAUUCCGUAACUGGUGGAUGCUUGAGUUUAUGGAAGGUGUUACUUGGGGCUUGCCAUGCUCAUCAACAACUUGAGCUUGGUGUCAGUGCAGCAAUGAAAAUUCUAGAGCUGGAACCCGAAGAUGAAACAACUCAUAUUCUUCUAUCAAAUUUGUAUUCAGCUAAAGGAAUGUGGGAAGAUGCUAUAAGAGUCCGAAGUUUGAUGAGGGAGAAAGGAUUGAAGAAGGACAUUGGAUGCAGCUGGUUAGAAGCCGAAAGUAAAAGACAUUUGUUUGUUGCAGGAGAUGUUUCUCAUCCACAAAGGAAAGAAAUUUACAGGAAACUAGAGGAAGUUAACAGAAGGUGUCGAAAAACAGGUUAUGUCCCAAUGACAGAGUACGCGCUUCAUGAUGUAGAUAAAUUGCAGAAGGAAGCCAUUGUAGGUUGUCACAGUGAAAAGCUGGCAGUUUCAUUUGCGCUAUUGCAGAACGGAAAUGGCAGAAAACAUGGUGUGAUUAGGGUGAUAAAAAAUCUUAGAAUUUGUGGGGACUGUCAUAACUGGAUGAAAUUCACUUCUAGUGUAGAGAACAGAGAUAUCGUAGUCAGAGAUUCGUGUCGGUUUCAUUUCUUCAAGGAUGGGAUAUGUUCAUGUGGAGAUUAUUGGUAA